AUGUUUACCUCUGCUGACCUGUUUGAUCAAAUUCAAGCCUACUUGGAGAAGAGAGUGAGGGAGUUUUGGUUCCUCAACACAUUUUCAAUGGGAUUCACAUCAGUCUUGGACGUGCUCUUCUCAAAGGUAUUGACAGCCCAGCCAUGGAAAUUGACAUAUUUAUCAGUGCCAAAAGUCGCCUCUGUCUGUUCCCCAGGCACAUUCUACUAUGAGCUGUCCAAGAGCUACUACUGCAUGGAUGAAGCUGGUCAUACUAUCAAAUCCAUUCGCUGUGCCCAAUGCCCUGCCAAUACCUAUUCACCCAUUGAUGAUAUGGUCGAAUGCCUACCAUGCCCUCGGGGCACCUACUCCGAUAUUGGAUCUGACCAAUGCAAAACCUGUGUAGAGGGUGAAGCUGACAGUAGCCACAAUGACCAUUGUCUAGAUUAUUUUGCGUCGAAAUCUGAUGCCAAAAAGAAACUCUACAUGUCCAUAUUUUUACCCAUUGGUAUCGUUAUAGUCUGUCUUAUCAUAGGCUGGCUGAUAUGGUUACUGCGAAAGAGGAAACGCUCUGUCGAUGACAUUAGUGAUGAGACCUGGUUGCUAUCGUAUCAAAAACUGACCCAUCCUUCGUUGCCCCACAUGUCGCCAGUGCCAUCUUCUCUGAUGGAGGUUCCACUUAUUGGUCCUGAUGCGGAGAACAUUGCCUCGACCUUCACUACACCAGAUUAUUCGAGCCCUUUGUCUCCAUUUCAGCAGCAAAUAAAUCAGCAAGGCAGCGCAUUUGAUUCAAGUCUUGCAGCCCCAAGUGACUCCACCAAAUCCCCAAGUACCGCGCGGUCAUCAGCAGAUCAUCCAUAUGAAAAACAAAACUACACUCUCAAAUUCACUGUUGGCUAUCAUCGAAAUUUACCGGUGUUCAUCAAGCAAAUUGGGUUCAGAAAGCUCAAGCUUGAUGACUCUAUCCGUGAAGAAGUCGCAUUGAUGAAGUGUGCAAGACACCCCAAACUUGUUGAAUUCGUAGGCUUGUGUGCAGAGCCUCAUUCCACGUUUGUUGUUGAGGAGUACUGUGCCAAAGGAUCCCUAGCUGAUGUGCUCGCAAACUCUGACAUUGACCUCAGUUGGAUCUUCAGAUUUUCACUGAUCAAUGAUCUAAUAAAUGGUUUAGACUUUCUCCAGCAUUCUCGGUUUAAUUAUCAUGGCAGCCUUACGUCAUUCUCUUGCUUGAUUACUGGCAAAUGGGAGCUGAAAAUCACCGAUUACGGCCUUCGUAAGGUUCAUGGCUCACAAGUUGAUCCCACAGUGAUAGGUGCAUUGCGAAAGAACUCUCAUGUGGACUGCAAGGAUUUGUGUUCAGAUCACACUCGAAUUUUGGCCAGUAGCGAACAUCUCUUGUGGGUGGCACCGGAGUCAGUGGCAUGUACGCCUAUAGGUCUUUACAGGACAUUCCCCACAAAGCUUGCUGACAUUUACAGUGCUGGCAUCAUUAUGAAUGAAAUUCUUACACGGGAGAGGCCCUAUCAGAAACUGAUAAAUCAAGGAAUUUCAUACGAGAACAUUUUUCAGAGGGUUUCCGAGGAGAACCUUCGAGUCACCAUGAGAGCGGCUGCAGAAGAUGAAUAUGCUGAUAAGAUUAAUAUGAUUAUCCAUGAUUGCCUUCAGUCUGAUCCUAAUUCUAGGCCCAGUUGUUUAGCAAUCAAGAGUCAAAUGAGAAACAUUGAUCCCUACUUGACAGACUCUGAUAAUGUGGUGGACAAUCUGGCCAACUUGCUAGAGAAAUACGCGAAUGAUAUGGAGAACCUGGUUCGUAAGCGUACGGCGAAUCUCCAACAAAGAACUUUAGAACUGGAGGAAGAACGGGCACGCGCACAAACUUUGUUACAAGACUUGAAGGCAGCUAAAGAGGUAGCCGAGGCUGCUGCUGCUGCUAAACAAAACUUCUUAGCAAACAUGUCUCACGAAAUUCGCACUCCAAUGAACGCUGUCAUUGGCAUGUCUCGUAUACUUAUGGAGAGCGAUCUACCUAGCGACCUGUACGAGUGUGCCGAGACAAUCGAAUCUUCUGGUAAUCACCUAAUGGCCAUCAUUGAUGACAUUUUAGACUAUUCAAAAAUCGAGUCUGGAAAACUCUCGCUGGAAAAACGCAUCUUGGAUUUGACAUUUGUCAUUGAAAGCGCGAUCAAGCUUGUUGCGCCCAAUUACCUGGACAAAGACCUCAUACUUUGGUAUGAAAUUGAUCCUAAUAUACCCGUGCGGAUCUAUGGUGAUUUAGUGCGCAUCCGUCAAGUCAUUCUGAAUCUGCUGUCCAAUGCGUUCAAAUUCACGAAAUCGGGCCAUGUAUAUGUUCAUGUGCAAUUGUGUCCGCAUAGCCAACUGCAUAUCGCAAAACCAGCGUCAGAUUAUGUAACAAAUGACGAAGAGAUUUCGGAAACUGUGCCUCUAAUUACUGAAGAAUCCGAGCUACCACACGAUGUAGUGCCAUUCCUGGUAUCCGUUACUGACACUGGUAUUGGCAUUCCAAAGGACAAGUCAAGCAAACUAUUCCAAUCGUUCUCUCAAGUUGAUGCUUCUACAACCCGUAAUUUUGGCGGCACUGGUUUGGGUUUGGCCAUCAGUCGACAACUGUGUCGCAUGAUGGGAGGUGAUAUGUGGGUUGAAUCUGAACUGGGUAAAGGCUCAACAUUCAACUUUCAAAUGCUGCUACAAAAGCAGCCAGAUAGUCCUACAUAUGGCGAGCAGAACCGUUUGGGUGAACUUGCAAAGCUGUGCAAGAACCCGCUGGUUAUUACCGAAAAGGAAUCCUCAAAGACCUGCUGGAAGAGCAUCUUAUCCAGCCUUCAAAUUGCAGGCACGAAAUCGUUAAGCUACAAGGAAUCCCUGCCUUACUUUGAAGAUUAUGAUACAUUGCAAACCAAGCAUUCAGUACUUAUUGUGGAUGACGACCUGCACGUAGUUGAUGGUUUUGACCCUCAAACCACAUCAAGCGAGGCCAUUAUUAAUGAGCUUCGGACACAGUUUCCCUUCUUGACCAGCAUUCCAACAUUGUGCAUCAAUGACUUGCGACUUCGAAAACCAACUAAACUGGAGAAACCUCCUUCAACUAUAGGUCAACAAGUCAGUGCUUCACCUGCAUUGGACGACAGCCCAUCCACCCCUCAAGAUGAGUUAAGCAACCCCUUUGAUAUAGUCAACGAUUCAUUUUUCAGUGUCUACAAGCCUUUCAAGAAUUCUAAACUCUUGUCUACUCUUCAUUGUUUGACCAGCAAUGGCUCUAAUAGCAACCAGGAGGCUUCUUCAUCUUCUAAUUCUCCUGCAGAUGCAUUAUUAACUCGAACUCGAUCCCAAGUAUCAAACCCUGCUACUCUAUCCUCUUCUCAUUCCAAUAUUGAGUCUCCUCAAUACCUUGGGCAUCGAUCAAAUAGCUUCUCAAGCACGUCAUCCGGCCGUCCACUUGCUGAUUUCUUGUCUAGUGUGAGAUCUUUAUUAGUAGAUGACAACCCCAUCAACCAAAAGGUGCUAUCUCGUAUGUUGACACGCAUGGGCAUGCAUCCUCAAAUCGCUGGCAAUGGACGUGAAGCGUGUGAUAUUAUUGCAAGUGCCAGAGAUGCUGGUGAACCUAUUGACCUCAUCUUCAUGGAUAUCUGGAUGCCUGAAAUGAACGGUCUUGAAGCUGCCACCAAAACUCGUCAAGAAUUGGCUUUCUCUGCUGUGAAACCCUACAUUAUUGCUAUGACGGCUUGUGUUAUGCCUGGAGAUCGUGAAAAGUGUAUAAAUGCAGGUAUGAAUGGUUAUGUCAGUAAACCUGUUCGAAAGGAAGAGCUUGAAGCAGCGCUUCAUACAUAUACCCAGAUCCUUAUGACCAGCGAUUUGCUUGUAAUGGACAAUGAAGAAGAAGGUUACAGCUCAUCCACUCCUCCUGAAGAGGCACAUCGUUCACAACAACCACCAAGUACGGCGAUAGAUAUGCAACAACAACUUUCUCCAACAAAAAAUGUAAUUGUAAAUGUACCAACUGUCACUAUCACUUCUGAAGACGAGUCUCAUUCCUUAAAAACUAAUUAG